CACAGGUCGUCAAGUCGCAUUCGACGUCGUUUUGCUUCAUACAAACCCCAGGAAAACUGAUUAACUUUUUUUCUUCUUUGAAAUUUGGAGCUUCGAAUUCAAUUACGGAACGUUUAAUUAGAGUAUGGAAAGAAGGAGAAUGUUGAUUGUUGUAAUUUUCAUAUGUAUGUUCGCCUUCUCAUCAUGUAGAGAAUUGAAGGUGAAGGUGAAGCACCAUCAAAUUCAGCAUCAUGAAUUGGCGACUUACAAUCAUACACUUGCAACAAUAUUGGUGCAAUAUGCUUCGGCUGUAUAUAUGUCAGACUUAACUGAGUUGUUUACAUGGACUUGCUCAAGAUGUGACGGUCUAACUGAGGGCUUUGAAAUAAUCGAGCUGAUUGUUGAUGUGAAGCGGUGUCUGCAGGGAUUUGUUGGUGUUGCAACGGAUCUCAAUGCCAUUGUGAUUGCAUUUAGAGGAACUCAAGAACGAAGUAUUCAGAACUGGGUGGAAGAUUUGUAUUGGAAGCAACUCGAUAUUGAUUAUCCUGGAGUUGAUGGUGCAAUGGUUCAUCAUGGUUUUUAUACUGCUUACCACAACACAUCAUUAAGAGCUGGAGUUCUAAAUGGUAUUCAAAAGGCAAAGGAGUUAUAUGGCGACAUUAAUAUUAUGGUCACGGGGCAUUCGAUGGGAGGGGCUAUGGCUGCUUUCUGUGGACUCGAUCUCCGUCUCAGUCUCAAAGAGCAAAAUGUUCAGGUUAUGACAUUUGGGCAACCUAGGAUUGGAAAUUCCGUCUUUGCAUCCUACUUUAACCAAGUUGUGCCGGAUACGAUUCGUGUCACAAAUGGACAUGAUAUUGUGCCUCAUUUACCCCCAUACUAUCAUUAUUUUCCUCAAAAGACGUACCGUCACUUUCCAAGAGAGGUAUGGCUCUACAAAGCUGGAUUCGGAAGCUUUAUUUACCCAGCCGAGAAGGUUUGUGAUGGUUCUGGUGAAGACCCUACUUGUAGCAGGUCAGUGAGUGGAAACAGUAUAAGCGAUCACUUGACAUAUUACGAUGUUGAAAUGGGAUGCGAUGUAUCAAGCUCGUGCAGAAUUGUAAUGGAUCCUCGUAUUGUUGCCUACGGCAAAACAGAUUUUGAUGGGAAUCUCAUAUUAUCAAGGGAUCCAUCCAAGUAUAAUUUGGAGCUGAAUAAAGAUCGAGGAAAUAAUCAAAUCUCGGUUUAGAUAACAAUUCAGGUAAACUGUGCCAAUUUCCUCGAAAGGUUGACCGAGCACAAAAGCAACUUAAUUGUUGACUUGCAGGUCUUUAAGUUAUAAGUUGUAAUAUAGCUUAUCACUAUAUCCUGGGAUUGGAAAGUAUAUAUUGCAUAUAGAUAUUGUUACCUGUGUACAUAGAAUCCAUGCUUUUGUGAAUAACAGUACUUUUUUUUCUUUU